UGCUGGGCUGCGGGAUAGCUGGAAGUCCUCGGCGGUGUUGGGGAAAGUGAGCUAUGGCAGCCACGAGUGCCCUUCCAGGCGUAUCUUUGCGAGAAGCCACCCAGCGAAGGUUGCGGAGGUUUGCAGAGCUUAGAGGCAAACCUGUGGCAGCUGGAGAAUUCUGGGACAUUGUUGCAAUAACAGCAGCUGAUGAUAAACAGGAACUUGCUUAUAAGCAACAGCUGUCAGAAAAGCUGAAAAAAAAGGAGUUACCGCUUGGAGUUCAAUAUCAUGUUUUUGUUGAUCCUGCUGGAGCCAAAAUUGGAAAUGGAGGAUCGACACUUUGUGCCCUUCGAUGUUUGGAAAAGCUUUAUGGAGAUGAAUGGAAUUCUUUUACCAUCCUAUUAAUUCACUCUGGUGGCUACAGUCAACGCCUUCCAAAUGCAAGUGCUCUGGGGAAAAUUUUCACUGCUUUACCUUUUGGUAGCCCCAUUUAUCAGAUGUUGGAAUUAAAACUAGCCAUGUACGUUGAUUUCCCCUCACAUAUGAAUCCUGGGAUUCUGGUUACCUGUGCAGAUGAUAUUGAACUUUAUAGUAUUGGAGAAUCUGAGUAUAUUAGGUUUGACAAACCUGGCUUUACUGCUUUAGCUCAUCCUUCUAGUUUGACUGUAGGUACAACACAUGGAGUAUUUGUCUUAGAACCUUUUAACUAUUUAGAACAUAGAGACCUUGAGUAUAGAAGUUGCCAUCGUUUCCUUCAUAAGCCCAGCAUAGAAAAGAUGUAUCAGUUUGAUGCUGUGUGUAGACCUAGAAAUUUUUUUCAACAAAACUUUGCUGAGGGUUACAUACCCUCUCUUAAAUUAGACCCUGAGUAUGUCUACACAGACAGCCUAUUUUACAUGGAUCAUAAAACAGCGAAAAAGUUACUUGCUUUUUAUGAAAAAAUAGGUACACUAAACUGUGAAAUAGAUGCCUAUGGAGACUUUCUGCAGGCUUUAGGACCUGGAGCAACUGUGGAAUAUAGCAGAAACACAUCAAAUGUUACUGAAGAAGAGUCGGAGUUGGUAGACAUGAGGCAGAGAAUAUUUCAUCUUCUUAAAGGAACAUCACUAAAUGUUGUUGUUCUUAAUAACUCCAAAUUUUAUCACAUUGGAACAACUGAAGAAUAUUUGUUUCAUUUUACUUCUGAUAGCAAUUUGAAGUCAGAGCUUGGCUUACAGUCCAUAGCUUUUAGCAUCUUUCCAGCAAUACCAGAAUGCUCUAGUAACAAAUCCUGUAUCAUUCAAAGUAUAUUGGAUUCAAGAUGUUCUGUGGCACCUGGCUCAGUUGUAGAGUAUUCCAGAUUGGGGCCUGAUGUUUCAGUUGGGGAAAAUUGCAUUAUUAGUGGUUCUUAUAUCAUAACAACAGCCGUCCUGUCUGCACAUUCUUUUGUGUGUUCCUUAAGCUUGAAGAUGAAUAGACACUUAAAGUAUUCAACUAUGGCAUGUGGAGUGCAAGACAACUUGAAAAAGAAUGUUAAAACAUUGUCAGAUAUAAAGUUACUUCAAUUCUUUGGAGUCUGUUUCCUGUCAUGCUUAGACAUUUGGAAUCUCAAAGUUACAGAGGAACUGUUCUCUGGAAACAAGACAUGUUUGAGUUUGUGGAAUGCUCGUAUUUUCCCAGUUUGUUCUUCUUUGAGUGAUUCAGUUACAACAUCCCUAAAGAUGUUAAAUGCUGUACAGAACAAGUCUGCAUUCAGCCUGAAUAAAUAUAAGCUGUUGUCCAUUGAAGAAAUGCUUUUCUACAAAGAUGUGGAAGACAUGAUAACUUAUAGGGAGCAAAUUUUUCUAGAAAUUACUUUGAAUAGAAAACAGUCUGAUUAAGAGACAUCUUAAAUAGUGUAUACUCUGCCUUUCUUGAUUGAGCAAGAUUGCAGAUGCAGGAGUUUUCUGUAGACUGUUGUUUUUUAAUUGAAAUGAAUUAAUGAAAAUUAUAUUAACAUGAUUGUAGCAUAAAAUUAAUAACAAAAAUACAAAUAAACCAUUUUUUGAUGAAAGAAUUAAUAGUUUAAGGAUGUAAGUUCAGAAAAGUGAUUUUUUUAUAUUUAUCACUUUAAAUUUUUCUUUUAUAAAGAUGGACUUGUGGAACAUUAUUUUGUUCACAAAAU